CGCUGAAUCACAAAACGUUCGCUCCGAACCUAAAAGUGACAUUCGCUUACGCACCAUCGCAUAUAUGUUCACUGCCAUCGAACAAGUAACAUUUACUUGAUUAACUGCAUCUCAUCCGGCGCCAUCGAAAUUUCCAAUACAUCGGAUACGUCGCGACAAUGGCAACUAUGAAUUACCCGUUUCCGGCCUCUAGUCUUCUAUUGAAUGCACAGAUCGGAUUCCUAAACACACACCUUGCGCUGAUACACAUCCCUCGGGAAUCCUUUCCGCUAUUUGUCCAAUCGAUCUUACAUCUCAUUCUCCACAACGAUCGCCGUGAUGAAGACGGCCAUGUGGUAGAACCUUCGCGACCAUGGAGCCACUGGCAUCCGUUUGUGAACAUCUCCCUGACUCCGAGCGGCUGCUCCGUGCUUUGCCCCCGGGAAUCGGCUCAGGCGUUGUUUGCUCCAUCGAUAGCUCAGCUCUCCUCAGAUCUGCCGCAAGUAGCUUCGAUCAGCACCGAGGACUAUUCGGCCAUUCACAUUGGCGGCGAGGGCCUUGACGCCGGUCAAAGAGUGCUAGAUUUGACGAGCCCGUUGGCCCUCGCUGGCAUCCCAAUCUUCUUCAUCACGAGCUACUAUUGUGACUACAUCAUCGUGCCUCAUAGCGCCCGAGCCAGAGUCAUCCAUGCCCUGGAGGAGCAAGGAUUCGUCUUCGAAGCAGAUCCGAAGGAUGGCGAGGCCGGGCAAAUGACCAAUCCGGCAUCUCCUCUCCUUCAUCCCCAUCACCGGCAUGGUUCGUCAUCGUCGUCGUUCGAUUUUCUCCCGCGUGGUGUUGGCACGCCGCCACCGGCUAAUGCCGAUGAGCUUCAAGCAAAGACAUUCAAGACGCUUGCCAGGAACAAUAUCACACCGGAUGUAGAUCCAACACUUCGGCUGAUCACUUGCGCUGGUAUGAAGGACAAUGCAAGUUACAACUCAGACGCAGCCUUCAAUACAUCUGAAACCGCCCUUCGCCAUGGGCUUGUCCUGUGCUUGACCUCUCUACCACCCCCGAGAUUUCUAUCAAUAACCCUCAACGACAACGAAUCCACAUCGCUCACGCUGGAGAAGGAACUGCUACGCUUCUUCCCGGACAACGGCGAGGAUAUCCUGCUCGGCAACAACGGGCAGGAACAAAUCCCCAUCACUUUGGAUCUGAAGGAUUUGCCGCUCGAGAGUACCGGCAUUGUAUGUGGCGUGGCAGGCCGUCUCAACGACGGAAUGAAAAGCCGCGUGAGUCCCGAAACUUUCAACCUGAGCUAUUUGAGCACGGCGAAGGCGGGACAUGUCAUUGUGUAUGAACAUGAGCUGGAAGAUGCGAUGACGGCCUUCCGGGGCGGCCAGGCCACACAAAACUCGGAUUGAUGUUGAAGCCGAGCAUGCUGGCAGUGAGAAUAAUGCUCGCCCAAUUAUUUUGUCAAUCUCAGAAUUGUUGAGAUGGUUCGAAGUUCCGCCGCGGUGAACAAUUGUACAACAUUCCUUCCACAUGUCGCAUAG